UUGACCAGUGAAUCAAAAUGACGCUGUACAUCUCUUUGGUCCUGAUUUUGUGUGUCUGUGGGUCACAAGCAGGUGAUUCUCAGCCUUUGCUUCCAUGUUUCUCUGGCACUGAUAUUCAGCCUUUUUCGUCUUACUGUCCAGAUGGCUACAAGUUCAUAAUGAAAUGUUCAUUUGCUAAAAUAUAUACAGUGAAUCUGUGUUAUAAGCUACCACCAACGACAACAUCGAAGCCUUUACCAACGACAACAUCGAAGCCUUUACCAUCAACUCAGUCAAGCACACUCCUGUCCACUCUAAGCACUCUUCAAUCUACUCUACCAACCACCACGCCAACAACAGAACCUACUACCACCCAACCUACUACCACCCAACCUACUACCACCCAACCUACUACCACCCAACCUACAACCACAGUCCCAACAACAACUCCUCAGCCAAGAGGUUGUGGCCGGUAUCCAGUGCAAGCUUUUAUGAUGGGAGCCAGUAGUGCCACCCAGUGCCAACCAUGGCUUGGUAUUGCUGCCUUUCAGAAUUAUUAUAUGAACAAUGCCAUCCUAAUAGGGGAGGACACAGUAUUGUCAAUACAACCAUUUUUUAGAAAAGGAAUUACCCUAGAUUAUCACUUUGGAGAGAAAUACAACACAAAAAUAACAGGAGCUGGAUUGGAAGUAGAUCAAGAACACAAAGAAGUUGUCAAUGGUACAAACUUUAUAUUAACAAAGUUGAAGGAGAAUGUUACCGUAUCUGGAUGUGUCAACCCUAUUUGUAUUCCUGAGAAAAGAAGUGAUUAUUCAAUGGAAAAUUGUUUCGCUGCUACAUAUGUCAAAGAUAGUAAUAAAAUUAUGCAUGUUGAGAUUGGGGAAACGAGGUUGAUAAACGGUUCGUGUACGUCCUCAGUCCAACCACCAUAUACACUUUGUGCGUACAAUUUUGUCCAGAUAUGUAAUAAGCAUAAAGAGAACAGUGGUGCGUUGAUAUGCCAGAGUAAAAAAGACAAGAGCUGGAUGUUGGCAGGAAUGACACGAGAAACUUCCGAUGUUUCAGGAUGCAUUCCAAAUGCCUGGAAUGAGCCUGUCUAUUAUUGGGACACGGUGGAGAUUAUGAAAGAGAUGAAUAUAUCAAGUAAUGCUUAACACAAAGCCGGAUCUUCCCAAAACUCCAGUAUGGAAACGAAGAAAAAACAAAAAAUAAUAAAAGCAGCAAGUAUAUAAUAAAAAAAAUAAUGAAUGUUAAGAAUGGAAUGGGGAUGAUCUUGGAUUAUCUUAUGAAGGAUGUCUGUCUCAAGCUUUAUAAACCAUGGACUUAUAUUCUUUGUCCCUCUGAUGGGUGCCGCUUUAGUGUAUAUUCUACUCUACCAUUUACACUUUAGCUUAUGGUCUAACUUUAAAUCUAAUACUAAACCCCAACCUAACCCCAAACCCUAAUCCUAAACCCUAACCUUAAUCCCUAAACCCAAACCCUAACUCUAACCCUAAUCAUAACCCUAAACUCUAACCUUAAACCCUAAUCCUAAAUCUAAACCCUAAUCCUAAUCCUAAAACGCUAACCCACAAACAUUAAGUUAAAACUAAUCCCCCCCCUAAACCCUAGCCUAAACCUUAAACCCUAAUUCUAAACCUAAAUCCUAACCCUAAAACCUAAAACCUAAACACCAAAAUAACCUUAACUUUAAUCCUAAAUACUAAUCCUAACCUUAAUCUCUUAAUUUCCAAUUCUAACUUUAAGACUAACUAUAAUUCGAACCCAUAUCACAACAUUUCACAAUAUAGACUGCAGAUACUACGGUAGACCACAUCACUUAUAACACAUUUACUUCUGGAACUUUCUGAAAUCACAAUAACAAAUAGAUAGACAAGAAAAAAAAAAAAAACUAAUGCGGGAUUUUCCUCGGACGAUAUCUGGAAGAGCAUAAACUGUGGAUUUUCCCAUGCAUUUCUUAUCUAAUUUAGCCAAAAAAAUGUUCCAGAAAUAUCACAGAAUGAAAAUUAUCAAUAAAGAAUCGUGGCCGUAAAUUGUAAAUUAUCCAUUCUUAGAAGAAGUUGUAUUCUUAGAAAAAAUGGCGGUGUUUCGUGUAAGGAAAGAUAUAGGGGUAAGGUUGUGCGAAGAAAAAGGGUCUCCGGUUAAUAAGUCCCUUUUUGGUGUUUUAAGGAUGAAAAAGAAAAUAUGAGAAAAUUAGGUAAAAAAGACAGAAAAAAAACUCAGAAAAAUAAAAAGUAAAUCUACAAAAAUAAAACAAAA